GGGAGCGGCCGCUGAGGCAGCUCGGCCCGCUGCCCGUCAGGCCGUUGGCUCCUGCUCCGGCCCGGGCCACCGGCUGCAGGAGAGGAACUGAACACUCCCCUAACCAGACCUGUGUUGAAUGCCAGUGUCCCCCUGUCUUCAGGCAGAACGGCAUCUACAGCACACGUGACUUGGCCUUCAGGAUGAGCGUCCCUGACUACAUGCAGUGUGCUGAGGACCACCAGACCCUGCUGGUGGUUGUGCAGCCUGUGGGCGUGGUCUCCGAAGAGAACUUCUUCAGCAUCUACCGGAGGAUCUGCUCCGUGAGCCAGCUGAGCAUGCGGGACUCUCAGCGCGCACUCUUCAUCCGUUACCGGCACCACUACCCGCCCGAGAACAAUGAGUGGGGCGACUUCCAGACGCACCGCAAGGUUGUGGGCCUCAUCACCAUCACUGACUGCUUCUCUGCCAGGGACUGGCCUCAGACCUUCGAGAAGUUCCAUGUGCAGAAGGAGAUCUAUGGCUCCACGCUGUACGACUCCCAGCUCUUUGUGUUCGGGCUGCAGGGGGACGUGGCGGAGCAGCAACGCCCCGACGUGGCCUUCUACCCCAGCUAUGAGGACUGCAGCUCCGUAGAGAAGCGCAUCGAGGACUUCAUCGAGUCACUCUUCAUUGUGCUCGAGUCCAAACGCCUGGAUAGGGCCACGGACAAGUCUGGGGACAAGAUUCCCCUCCUCUGCGUCCCCUUCGAGAAGAAGGACUUCGUGGGACUAGACACUGAUAGUAGGCAUUACAAGAAGCGGUGCCAAGGACGCAUGCGGAAGCACGUGGGGGACUUGUGCCUGCAGGCUGGGAUGCUGCAGGACUCCUUGGUGCACUACCACAUGUCAGUGGAGCUGCUUCGCUCAGUGAAUGACUUCCUGUGGCUGGGGGCUGCCCUGGAAGGGUUGUGUUCUGCUUCUGUCAUCUAUCACUACCCUGGAGGGACUGGCGGCAAGGCUGGGUCUCGGAGGCUGCAGGGCAGCUCACUUCCGGCUGAAGCAGCCAACAGACAUCGACCAGGGGCACAGGAAGUUCUCAUUGAUCCAGGUGCCCUCACGACCAACGGCAUAAACCCCGACACCAGCACUGAAAUCGGGCGUGCCAAGAACUGCCUCAGCCCCGAGGACAUCAUCGACAAGUACAAGGAGGCCAUUUCCUACUACAGCAAGUACAAGAAUGCUGGAGUGAUUGAAUUGGAAGCCUGUGUCAAAGCUGUACGUGUCCUGGCAAUUCAGAAGAGGAGCAUGGAAGCUUCGGAAUUUCUGCAGAAUGCAGUGUAUAUUAAUCUUCGACAGCUUUCUGAAGAAGAGAAAAUCCAGCGCUACAGCAUCCUCUCCGAGCUCUACGAGCUGAUCGGCUUCCACCGCAAGUCCGCCUUCUUCAAGCGUGUGGCGGCCAUGCAGUGCGUGGCCCCGAGCAUUGCGGAGCCUGGCUGGAGGGCCUGCUACAAGCUCCUCCUGGAGACGCUGCCUGGCUACAGUCUGUCACUGGACCCAAAGGACUUUAGCAAAGGUACACACAGAGGCUGGGCUGCUGUCCAGAUGCGUCUGCUUCACGAGCUGGUCUAUGCCUCCCGGAGAAUGGGGAACCCUGCGCUGUCCGUGAGACACCUGUGCUUCCUCCUGCAGACCAUGCUGGACUUCCUGUCGGACCAGGAGAAAAAAGACGUGACUCAAAGCCUGGAGAGCUACACAUCCAAGUGCCCUGGCACCAUGGAGCCCAUCACUCUCCCCGAUGGCCUCACCUUGCCCCCGGUGCCCUUCACCAAGCUGCCCAUCGUCAGGUGUGUGAAGCUGCUGAGCCUUCCUACCAGCCUUCGGCCCCAGAAGAUGAAGAGCUUGCUGGGCCAGAGCGUGUCGACCAAGAGCCCCUUCAUCUAUUCACCAAUCAUUGCACACAACCGUGGAGAGGAACGGAGCAAGAAGAUAGAUUUCCAGUGGGUUCAAGGAGACGUGUGUGAGGUUCAGCUGAUGGUGUACAACCCAAUGCCAUUCGAACUCCGCGUUGAGAACAUGGGGCUCCUCACCAGUGGCGUGGAGUUCGAGUCUCUCCCUGCUGCGCUUUCCCUUCCUGCAGAAUCUGGUCUGUACCCGGUGACACUUGUUGGGGUGCCGCAGACAACCGGAACGAUCACUGUGAACGGCUACCGUACCACUGUCUUUGGUGUCUUCAGUGACUGUCUGCUAGAUAACCUCCCGGGAAUCAAAACCAGUGGCUCUACCGUUGAAGUCAUUCCCGCCUUGCCAAGACUACAGAUCAGCACGUCUCUACCCAGAUCCGCACAUUCGCUGCAGCCCUCAUCUGGUGAUGAGAUAUCGACUAACGUGUCCGUCCAGCUGUACAAUGGAGAAACUCAGCCACUCAUCAUUACACUGGAAAAUAUUGGAACGGAGCCACUGGAGAAACUGGAAGUCACCUCGAAAAUUCUCACCACCAAGGAAAAGCUAUACGGUGACUUCUUGAGCUGGAAGCUGGAAGAAACCCUGGCCCAGUUCCCGCUGCAGCCUGGGAAGGUGGCUACUUUCACCAUCAGCAUCAAGGCGAAGCUGGACUUUUCCUGCCAGGAGAAUCUCCUCCAGGACCUCAGCGAUGAUGGAAGCAGUGUGAGCGGCUUCCCCCUGUCCAGUCCUUUCCGACAAGUCGUCCGUCCCCGAAUGGAGAGCAGGCCCUCCAACGCCCCCGAGGGCAGCAAGACUGGGGACCUCAGCCACCUGAAGACUCUGGAAGCCAUCCUGAAUUUCAAGUACUCGGGAGGCCCAGGCCAUGCAGAAGGGUAUUACCGGAGCCUCUCCCUGGGGCUGCAUGUGGAAGUCGAGCCGUCUGUGUUUUUCACCAGAGUCAGCACACUCCCAGCAACCAGUACCCGGCAGUGCCACUUGCUUUUGGACGUCUUCAACUCCACGGAGCACGAGCUGACCAUCGGUGCCAGGAACAACGAGGAGCUCACCCUGCAUGCCGGCGAGUGCCAGCGAAUGGCCAUACAAGUGGACAAGUUCAACUUUGAGAGUGUCCCGGAAUGCCCAGGAGAGAAGGGGCAAUUUGCAAAUCCGAAGCAGCUGGAAGAGGAGAGGCAGGAAGCCCGAGGCCUGGAGGUGAACAGCAGAUUGGACAUCCGCUGGAGGAUCCCUUCUCUGACGCGCAGCGGGGAGGCGAGCGUGGAGGGUGUUCUGAGCCAGCUGGUCCUGGAGCACCUGCAGCUGGCUCCCCUGCAGUGGGGUGCAGCCCUCAGGCCAGGCGUCCUGCCUCGGGGCCCUCCUCUUCCUCUACACCGGGGACUUCUUCCUGCACAUCCGGUUCCACGAGGACAGCAAGAGCAAGGAGCUGCCGCAGUCCUGGUUCUGCUUGCCCAGUGUGCACGUGCGCGCCCUGGAGGCCUAGGCCUGAGUCCCCUGCUGGCCCCAGUCCCUGGGACAGGGGGAGGCCGGCCUCCACCCCACCCCACCGCAGGCCUGAGGCCUUCCUGCAGCUGCCCUCUCCUCCUCCCCCCUCACACCCUGUCCUCUCUCCCUUCUCCUGGGGAGUCCGCUGGGCUUCCCAGGAGCCCCGCUGGGCCCUUGCCCUCUGCCCACACUGUGCGGGGGCCCUCAGGAGCUGACCAGGCCCCAGGCCAGUGCGGGGAGCGCUGCACCUGCUCCGGACAAGCCCCACACCGCUCACCGCUGGAGCCCGUCCCUGCUCCCGCCCUGGCCAUGGGAAGGCAAGCAUGAGGGUGGGCACCCCAGAGGGCCUGGGCACCUCCCUGCCAGCCACCUUUGGCCCUAGGAAUGUCCUGAGGGCCAGCUCUCUCCUUGGAGGCUCUGAGGGCAGCCCAGGCAGGGCGAGCACGUCAUGGCUGUGCCAGGCUAGGCCUGGGGCUCCCCACCUGGGCGGGGUUCUGUCUGGGAGCCCGCCCUGGGUCCCUGUCUGUGACGCGUUCUCCAAUAAAGAGUCUCCCUUGCUGCCUCUGCA